AUGGUGAGGGCUGGCUGCAAGGAGCAAUGUCAAGAGUCAAGCCAAGAAAAUCCACAAAUAGGGAACUGUGUGUCAGAGGCCAAAGGUCAGAGACAAGAAAUGUGGCCUGGAUCAAACCAAACGUCAGAAGCCACAAAGUUUUAUCGGGAAUCAGGAACCAGAAAUCAGAGAUCAAGAAUGAGGAACAAGAAUCAAGAACCAGGAUUCCAAGACUGGUACAAGCACCAGUACAACAAAGCACUGACCAAGUGCAGUACUUCGGUAUUUAUAGGGAGAACUCAUCACAUGACAGGCCCCCAUUCUCCUGCAGUGAUUAUAAAGGAGGGGAUGGGGACUGGGCAUCAUGUUGAAUAUUUCACAGACACUCCACUCUCUCUCCAAGCCUACCUUCCCCUCCCCUCUGUAUUCUGUGUCAUCUGGCUACGGCAAAGCAGUGCGGCCCAAGCGAAGCCUGGUGCCACACACCAGAGUAAGAGCUGCAGGAGAAGUGGCAAGAGCGUGACAGAACAGAGCCAUGGAUCAAAGGGCGCCCUAGACCUCAGAGGACUACCUCAAGAACACCAGGGGUGCCCUGGGAAAGGUACUGUAAGUGCUGGCGGGGCAUUUUACACAGUCUCACCCUAA